UCUUCUCCAAGCAGGAACCUCCAGCCCAGCCCCAGGGCCCAGGAACCAUGUCCCCCGCAAUCGCACUUGCCUUCCUGCCACUGCUGGUGACAUUGCUGGUGCGGUACCGGCACUACUUCCGACUGCUGGUGCGCACAGUCUUGCUGCGGAGCCUCCGAGACUGCCUGUCCGGGCUGCGGAUUGAGGAGCGGACUUUCAGCUACGUGCUCACCCAUGCCCUGCCUGGGGACCCUGCUCACAUCCUCACCACCAUGGACCACUGGAGCAGCCACUGCGAGUACUUGGGCCACAUGGGGCCUGUCAAAGGUCAGAUCCUGAUGCGGCUGGUGGAAGAGAAGGCUCCUGUUUGUGUGCUGGAGCUGGGCACUCACUAUGGCUACUCUACACUGCUUAUUGCCCGUGCCCUGCCGCCGGAGAGUCGCCUUCUCACUGUGGAACGGAACCCCCACACAGCAGCAGUGGCAGAAAAGCUCAUCCGGCUAGCUGGCUUUGAUGAACACACGGUCAGCCCUUACCUCCCCGACCUGGUGGAGCUCAUCGUGGGUAGCUCAGAAGAGGUGAUCCCAAACCUGCGAAGCCAGCACAAGAUGAGCCGGGCAGACCUGGUGCUCUUGGGACAUCGGCCCCGAUGUUAUCUACGGGACCUGCAGCUACUGGAAGCCCAUGCUCUGCUACCUGCUGGGGCCACUGUAUUGGCUGACCAUGUCCUUUUCCCUGGUGCACCUCGAUUUUUGCAGUAUGUCAAGAGCUGUGGCCGCUACCGCUGCCGCCUCCACCAUACUGGCCUACCGGACUUCCCUGCCAUCAAGGAUGGCAUAGCCCAGAUCACCUAUGCAGGACCUGGCUGAAAGCCAGGCCCAGGGGUACUUAUGGCUGCUCCCAAGUCCUCAUCCCCAAGCAAGGACAUCAGAAUAACCCUACCCCUCCCUGCUAGUGGACUGAUACAUACUGGGCUCAAGGCUGAGGGUUCCUUCCCCCCUUCCCCACUCCGGCACCACUGAUGUGAGACAAAAAAUUCUCUCAGGCUGCUUGGUCCACUAGUCCCCUUGCUUCCAGAGAGAGCCAUGGACUGACAGGCCAAAUGGCCUGAGCUCCCAGCACAGCUGGCUCAGCAACUGCGGGUCUCCACAGGAGUCUGUGCCUUACUCUGAGAUUUUAGCCACUCUCAACAUGGAGGAAUCUGGUGGGAAAAGUUCCAGGGACCUCCCAGCUCUGGGCUUCACAAAAUUCCCCUCUUCAGCCCAUGCCAUCCUGUGUGGGACUGAAGGAAACAGAAAACACUAAGAGGCCUGGCAAGAAUGGCUGGGUACAAACUUGGCCAGAGGAAAUAGCAAAGAAGCUUGAACCCAGAGCCAGGGCCCACCCUGGCCUUCUCUAGCCCCAGCCUACAUGGCCAGUUAGGUUUACCUGAAGUCCCUUGAGUGCCCCCUCCAAAGCUCAAAAGAUAAUGGAUUCCUCUGGGUCUCAUCAACAAACAAGGAACAGACAUGGGGGA